GACACGAAGACAUUUCCCAAAAUAAUGGCAGCAGCAGAAGCAGAAGCAGAAGCAGAAGCAGAAGCUUAUGCUUUUGCUUUUGAUCUGCAUCUCACUCCCAUGUUUAACGUCUACCAAUCUCCUCCUCUCCACCACAAACAACAGAAGAAAUAUUACCAACGUAAACAGCCACAGCCACUGAUCUCCAACCCAAAUGGAUCCAAUUGGGACUGCUCUCCCCUCGCCCACCCUUCCCAUCUUCUUCUCUUCCGUUCCUCUUCACAUAAGAUUGAAAUCCCACACUAAAUCAAAGAACAUUUGUUCCUCUAAGACAAUGUCAGCGGCAUUGGCGCCGACCACUGCGACGACGACGAGGAGUUUUGGCUUCAAAAACUUGAUGGAGACGUUCAGCGUCCAUAUACACAGAGCGGAAGGAAGGCCCUUGAACGUGCCCUUGAUAGCUCCCUUCACCAUUGCCAAUUCGAUGCUCGACAAUGUGGAGAAUGUCGCCAUCAGGGUCGAACUCAGUAAUGGGUGUGCCGGUUGGGGUGAGGCACCUAUCCUUCCUUUCGUCACUGCAGAGGAUCAGCGUACGGCGCUUGUGAAAGUGGGCGAGGCCUGCGAGUUCCUUACUCGCAGUCCUCCGAUGACUUUGAGUUUCGCACUGAGCGAGAUUGGUGCUUUUCUUUCCGGACAUGAUUUUGCUUCUGUUAGAGCAGGAGUUGAGAUGGCAUUGAUUGAUGCAGUAGCUAAUAGCAUUGCCAUACCCCUUUGGAGAUUAUUUGGCGGGGCAUCAAAUACCAUAUCCACUGAUAUAACGAUUCCAAUUGUUUCCCCUACUGAAGCUUCAAAAUUGGCUUCUAACUAUCAGAAACAAGGUUUUAGCACCUUGAAGCUUAAGGUAGGGAAAAAUCUUAUUGCAGACAUAGAAGCUCUUAAAGCAAUACGGUUGGUCCACCCAGAUUGCUUGUUUAUCUUGGAUGCUAAUGAGGGUUACACUUCCAAGGAAGCUAUUGAAGUUCUUGAAAAAUUACAUGAAAUGGGGGUGACUCCUGUUCUAUUCGAGCAACCUGUUCAUAGGGAUGACUGGGAAGGUCUCGGCCAAGUCAACCUUGUUGCAAAGGAAAAAUAUGGGAUCUCCAUAGCUGCAGAUGAAAGCUGCCGGAGUUUGUUUGAUGUUCAGAAAAUUAUUGAAGGAAAUCUUGCUGAUGUCAUUAACAUCAAACUUGCGAAAUUUGGGGUUCUGGGAGCCCUUGAAAUUAUAGAGGUGGCAAGAAGAUCAGGCUUGAAUCUGAUGAUUGGUGGCUUGGUUGAGACCAGACUUGCCAUGGGCUUUGCUGGUCAUCUUGCUGCUGGUCUUGGCUGCUUCAAAUUCAUUGAUCUAGAUACACCCCUUCUGUUGUCAGAGGAUCCAGUUUUGGGGGGUUAUGAAGUUUGUGGUGCUGAUUAUAAGUUCACCAAUGCCAGAGGUCAUGGUGGUUUCCUUCAUUGGGAUACUAUUGCAUGGUUGGAGAAAAAAAUCAGAAGACCUUUAUAAGAAGCAAACAAUUUUCUCAGCAGUACUCUUUUUGUUCUUGUUGUGGAAUGUGGAAAACCAAAUGAGUGCAAUAAUCUAAGUAAGGUCUAUCUUGGCAUGCGAGAUCCCCCCCAAGUCAAACCCAUAUCAAGUGGUAGGCUUUUCUGGGCUAUAGGCAUGACACAUUUCCAGUUUUUGUUAGGUAAAAUCUUACCCUCCUAGGAUCUAAUCUUCAGAGUUAUAUGUAGAUUGUCCAAGGGCAUUCCUCAAUUAACAUAGUUUUGUUCAAUUCGUUACAGAUGUUGUAUAACCCAGGUGAAUCCAACAUUUGUUAAAGAAGCCAAUUAUGCAAAAUUGUGCAUCUGAUUAAUUUAAUCACAAUCUGUUAUUAGAUUCAUUACUGCUUUAUUUUCCAUUGAGAACAAUGUGAUGAAUGAUAGUGUCAUGACGUCUACUAACUGCAGCCUUUGCUUGUAAUUGGGAAAUGUCAAUGAGUUGCCAACUUGUAUGCACAUAUAGAGGGAAAGCUUUAAUCAUUCCUUCCUAA